AUGCUGGUUCGAGUGAAUGGUGGUAAAGUUGCCCGAGUAAGCGUUCAUUUGGCAAUGGCGAUAGGCAAUCUUGUAGAAGUAUCACAUUUGAUGUUGCAUGGAGGAGUCUCCAUUCAGUUUGGCUGUAUGAAGUGCCUCAUAGACACACAAGGAGGCCAAUGCUUUACUCGCACAAUUAGAAAUUUCCAAUACAAAACUCUCGAACAACUGAAAGCACCACUGCCUGUUGGCGUAAAACAUGUGUUUAACAUCAAAGGACCAUCCAUGUUUACCACUCUCAAGUCUUUUCCUGCCAACCCAUCGUUCUACGGUCUCAACACACUUCACCUACUGAGCAUUGGAUUAGCUAAGCAUUUGUACGAGCUCUUGUCUUCUCCAUUCCAUCCAUCCAAGUUUGAUAACCGAUACAAGCCCUCUAUCGAAGAACUGAAAGAAGCAAAGCUUGAUAAAGCAAGUGCCUGGCCUUACACCUUUGAUUUAGAUCCCAAAGUUCUGGCAAAGAUCGGUCAGUAUGUGGCUCAGUCAAAGAAGACCGUUCCAACUACCUUCAAUGCACCAUUCAACGACAUUUUUGCACCAGGAGGAGUUACCAACUACCGAGCAGUUGACUAUGAAGAGUUUAUGAUUUUCAUUGUUCCAGCCCUGAUAGCACCACACUAUCCUGACUCAAUCAGAAAACCUCUUCUGGGUAUCGUUAAAGUGGCAGCUUUGGUAUUGCAGAAGAAUGAAUUGCAUGCUUCAGACUUACAAUUCAUAGAAGCUAAGGUUAACGAUUGGCACAAACUGCUGAUCACUGAAAUCAAAGCCAAACGCCUUCCUAUCAAGACCUUUCGCCCAAACGCCCAUUAUUUAGGACACUUGACUUACAUGAUCAAAGCGCAAGGUUUACCGGCUUCGACUUCCAGUCGAUCUAUCGAAAGAUCCAUCGGUAGGUACAAACGCUUGAUAAGUGCUCGCACAGAUGUUGGUAUACAUGCCGGAAACAUCAUUGAUCGUUUGGCAAUUAUGCGAGCCAUCAAGGCAUCUACAACUGGUGAUGGUACAGGCGAUGGUAAAGACAAACUGAAUGAUCUGGAUGCUCGAAUCAAUCUCUUAGUGCCUCAACGGUAUGAUCCAACUACCUUCGUAAAUUUAAAGAAUGACGAUGACAACGGAAGUCAGCUCUGGUAUCCAGUCAUCCACACAACGGUUUCAAGUAUCCCAACCUCCAUCAACAUCAACAUACGUCUUUUUGUCAAGGCUAUACAGUCCUACUACGACCGGCAAUACUCGACUAAUGUUCUGCAGGAUGUCCAUAUCAAUGAUCAACUGGAUAUUGUCGUCUCUGGAAGUGCCUGGGCAUACAACUGCACUUAUCGUUCAGAGUACUAUCGCGAUCUCACCGGUGCUAAUUCUAGAGGAAGCCACUACAUCAUGGUAUGGGCAGAAUACUUGAGUUAUGUCAAUUCACAGGCUCAUUAUUGCCUUUAUCGUUACUCAUCAAAACCCAUACUGGCGUCUGAAUUUCCUAAGCUCGAAAUUGAGGGGAUUGGCGAUGAAUUGUUCUUGCUUAUUCGAUUGGGAAAGACUCAUGCUGUUGACGACAAAGACAAGACGAUGCCCAUAGUGGAGCUGGAUGAUGACUAG